AUGGGCGGCCCCGUCGCCGCCCCUAUCGGGCCCGUCGCCGCCCUUCACGGCCCCGUCGCCGCCCUUCGCGGCCCCGUCGCCGCCCCUAGCGGCCACGUCGCCGCCCUUCGCGGCCCCCUCGCCGCCCUUCGCGGCCCCGUCGCCGCCCCUAGCGGCCCCGUCGCCGCCCUUCGCGGCCCCGUCGCCGCCCCUAGCGGCCCCGUUGCCGCCCUUCGCGGCCCCGUCGCCACCUCUAGCAGCCCCGUCGCCGCCCUUCGCGGUCCCGUCGCUGCCUCUAGCGGCCCCGUCGCCGCCCUUCACGGCACCUCGCGGCCUCUUCUCGGCCCCGUCGCCGCCCUUCGUGGCCCCGUCGCCACACUUCCCGGCCCGUCCUUGGCUCCUCCGCCACCAACAGCAACCGCCGCCAGCACCAGCAGCCACCAGCAGCAGCUGACAGCAGCAGAAGUCGCGGAAACCAGCGGCGGCCACCAGCAGCAGCAGCCGUCGCCGCCGACCGCAGGAGCUACCGCCGCGGUUGCGGCUCUGUCCCUACAGACGCGCCUCGGCCCUGCCCCACCGCUUGCCCCCCCCUACCUACCAGCCCUGGUGAGAGCACUGCCGAGCCAUGCCUUCUACUACUGCCCCUAG